AUGAGCUCGGAGAUUUCACCUCGUGCUGUACGUUUCACAGAAGGGGACGACAACCACAGGUUCGAAUCAUUAAAAUCUUCUGUGAUCAUGGAGCGCCCACAUGUUGAGACCAGCGACUCUGGAGGCUCUGGCUCUUCUGCAGAUUCCCACGACUUUGUCGAACAUUUAAGUCCAGAUGCUGCACACGACGCACAUCCCGAUGCCUUUAUUCCCAUCGAUUCUCGACCCCAGAUGAAUAGUAUGAAUUCAAGCAUGCGUAGUCGAGGCAGCAAUUCGGAAACAAAUGGGGCAAUAUACAGCCGCGAAGCGGCUUUCAGCCCUCCACCACCAAAACCUCUGAAUGGCGCAACGGCCAGAUCUCAGAGGCCUACUGCACCAGCCCGAACUCCUUCGAGUACAUAUGCGCCUGCGCGGCGACCCCCACAAGCUCCAUACAUGUCAAUUUCGGAUCGUCAUCGCUCCGAUCCAAGUGGCGCAUAUCGUGCGCAAGAAAGAGCUUAUGUGGCAACGGUUACGCAAAAUGAUCCACCUUUCGAAUAUUUCGCUGAACCUUAUACACUCUAUGUCUUGGAUAUGGAACAGGAUCAGAUACUGAAGAGGAAUCCCCAUCAGAAUUACAAUUCGAUGACUGUACUUUUCUACAACAACGAUGACAUACAACCUACUCAGGAAGACUUGAAAGAUCCCGCAAAUAGAGAGCGUCUGGAAUGGCAUGGGAUGUUGGCAUCUGUGCUAACCGGAGACGUAGUUAGGCAAGAGAAGAAACGUUUAAUUGGUAAUUCAGAAAACAAAGCAGAGAACAUUGGCACAGAGAUCUGGCUUGGUAUACGAUCGAGGGUAUGCGGCAGAAGCUUAGGGGCCCAGCGACGGAUAUUAGAAGAUACCCGGGCCAAUCUUGACACCGUUUUGGAGGAAAUUAUUAAGUUUCAGGUGCAAGGCGAGAUGCGGGGCAUAGUUGCAAAGAUUGAGAAGUGUGAAAGUCUAUACCCAUCUCGCACCGGCUUGGAAAUGGCGAAUAAACUGGCAGCGUCUACACAAUUCGCUGCUACCUGCGACGCUGUCAUAUCAUGGCACAAUACCACCGAACUUAUCAACAUUGAACUUGCCGUCCUACAAAACUGGGUAGGAAAUCCGGAACUUGACUUCACCAAAGUGAGACAGCGCUCACCUUCAGGACACGGACUCUCCGAUGAAUCAUCAUUUAUUGAUAGGUUGCUCAAGGAGGAUGGGUUGAGAUCUCUACAAGGUGAUAAAAGCAUACUGUUAGGUGUAUCUGAGGUUAUCAUGAAAGCAAAGAAUACAUUGAUCGAGAACUCCGAAGGUUUUGCGAAGCGUCAUUUACCUCCUUAUAUCGAAGAGUUACUCACUCUCAUAAACUUUCCAUCGCGCCUCAUCGAAGAGAUUAUCAAGGUUCGACUAAAUUAUGCGAAGAAGAUGCGAGAAUCCACGCAACAAAACGCAAUGAUGGCCGAGCAAAUGAUUUCGCAGUUCAGAAUAUUAUUGAAACUUGCCAUAUUGAUUAAGCAGGAGUACCUUACCAUAUCAAAUCCUGAGCCUGGGUGGGAUUUACCACCCUGUAUCGAUGAGUCCUUUGACCAGGUAGUUUUAGAUGCCCUUAAGUUUUACUUCAAGAUGCUCAACUGGAAAUUGGGCGGAAACAAAAACACUUUCAAGGAAGCUGAAGUUCUUGAGCAAGAAUGGGACUUCUCUAACGAGAUUGGACGACAUCUACAAGGCGGUGAUGUUGAAGUGGCAGAGCAAUUUAGUUCUUUAACCCACAAGGCCUUCUUCCGACUGAAUACCACUUUCGAAAAAGAAAUGGUGAGAAAGCCAAAGGAAACAGCUUCUGAGAUGACAAAGCGUUAUAAGCAGAGUCUAGACUCCGUUCGCGUGCGGCAGCGUAUGUUGCAAAGAUUUUCCAGGGUCUUGAGUGAUCGUUUCGAAAACUCGACGGACUUCAGCAUUGCUUUGAAGCAGAGUGGUUUGCAAGAACUCUACUCAAGGCUUAUUGAAACCGGUCACUUCUUGGUUUAUACUGCAAGCAUUGAGCACGAUGGUAUUUUCCUCAUAGCCUCUCCGUCUUUGUACAAUCGACCCCAAGACAUCCAGUCCAUUCUAGGAACUUGCUAUCACACCGAGGAUACACAAGAAGACCCUAGCAACCCUUAUAUAUUAGUUCUUCGCCCCGAGAUCCCAAUAGGAUGGGAUGGUCGACAGGUCGAUUCAGCUUUGAUAAACAUCAACAUAGAUUUGAAAGUUGGACAUCUUCGACUUAUUGCAGACGGAUCACAAGCCAGAUUAUCAAACGCACGAAUGGCGUUUUUAGAUUCGAUCGGAAUACAUCUGGAUAUGGUGGUUGAACAGAGAUCCCAUCUCAAGAAAGUGCAUCUUAAAUUGACCGACAUCAAGAAGGUCGUGUAUAAGCUAUCAAACUUGAUUAUGGACAGCGUGGAAAUUGUUCGAAAACAGACAAAAGGGUUGGAAUGUCAAGAACUCAUUCAAACCUGCUUCAUCUUCGCUACCGAGUUUGGUCAGCGGUCUUUGCCUUAUAUGGAUCGAAACCGAAAGCAAAUGAACAACAUCAAACUCACAAAGAUUGCCCUGGACUGGGUGAGCUUCAUUUGUGAUGACUGCGUUCCUACGGAUCGUAAAACAUUCAGAUGGGCGGUGCUUGCACUUGAAUUUGCAAUGGGUAUGACUCAAGGCCAGCAUAUUUUAGCUCUAGGGGAAGAUGAGUAUACAAGACUUCGAUCCAAGGUCUCGGGAUGUAUGUCUCUAUUGAUUUCACAUUUUGAUAUCAUGGGUGCAAGAUCAAAUUUGGCCGCUCAAGCAGAGAAACAGCGGGUGGAGACAUUGAACGCCCAAUUUAGGAAGAUGGAUAUUAGGGGAAUGGCUGAUGAUGAGGAAUCAGCUGCGUUUGUUCUUAAACAACGUCUUGAGCUGAUAGCUGAUCUUGAUGAAGAACGAAAGGUUAUCGAGGCGGAAAGGCAAGCUCUCGGCAGAGUUCUUGAAGAAAACAAUGAAGCAGACCGAUCUCUCACACAUCUUUCUGCUUCUCCAUCCAAUAUCAACAUGCGCUGGCAACAAGGAAACUUUGUUGGUGGUGGUACCUUUGGAUCAGUGUAUGCUGCGAUCAAUCUGGACUCUGGUCAUCUUAUGGCUGUGAAAGAGAUUCGUCUACAAGAUCCUAAUCUUAUUCCUACAAUUGCUGCUCAGAUUGCCGAUGAGAUGCACGUUUUGGAGGUUCUCGAUCAUCCCAAUGUCGUCUCAUAUCAUGGAAUUGAAGUCCAUCGCGAUAAAGUCUAUAUUUUCAUGGAGUACUGUUCUGGUGGGUCACUUGCAGGUCUUCUCGAGCAUGGAAGAAUCGAGGACGAGCAGGUUUAUAAUGAUAUUCUCCUUGAUCACAACGGUGUAAUCAAAUAUGUAGAUUUUUGGCGCCGCAAAGUUAUUGCUCGCCAAGGUAAAACUCUUGUCACCGCGACUACAGCCAGUCUUGCCAACAAAAACAAAUCUAUGACUGGAACACCAAUGUACAUGUCACCCGAAGUAAUCAAAGGAGAGAACCCAGGACGAGCUGGUUCAGUCGAUGUCUGGUCACUCGGCUGUGUUAUCCUUGAAAUGGCCACAGGUCGUCGACCUUGGACAUCUCUUGAUAACGAAUGGGCUAUCAUGUACAUAUUGCCCAAGGCAAUCACUCCUCAAUAUGCCAUCACCAGACCAACUCAGCCCCCAGGAGACCCCAAGAAACGUGCUUCGGCACCGGAACUAUUACAACACGAAUGGAUUGUUGCAAUCAAAAACCAGGUCUCUAUCGAGCCGCAAACACCAAGCGAUAGUGGAAGUUCUCAGUCUAGUACUAGAGGAAGUUUCACUAAUUGA